UGGGAAAUCGUUGCAAAAUCAUCAAACCAGUUUUCGGCCGUUUUGACGUUUGUCUAUCCUGUUUCGCCACAUAAAGAUAUUGUGGCACAACGAAAAUGACUAACGACCGAGUAGCGGCUUUGAAAAAUAACUUCCUUGUUACGGCACUAUCUUACUAGAUAUACACGAACUUAUGACGGAACUAAGUGGCAUUCCAGCGCAACGCCUGCGAAAAACCAAGAUUGAUCGCCACCAAAUUACUGCAUAAAAGUAGUGAAUCCUGUCCCAAAAGGGUUAGUUUAAAUUUGAAUGUUGACGACGUUACAAACCACAGCACGAACCCAGAAACCACUGAAAAAAUGUUGAUUUACCUGGUUCUAGUAACAUUAAUUAGUCGCGCAAUAGGACAGGAUAAUCCGUGCCGACCAGAGGGUUUUGAAACAUUACCAAAUCCGGACGAUUGCUCAAGUUAUAUAUUAUGCAUGAACGGCGCUCCUUUUAUCGUACAAUGUGCUGAAGGAAUGAUUUUCGACGUAAUUUCGAACAGCUGCAACAGAGAAGCGGAUUCUGUUUGCGUCAAAGAUAUUCCCACUCCACCCGCUCCGGAUACGACUACUGCGGCAACCACUACAACCCCCACUACAGUAAGCACUACAGCUCCCCCUGGAGGAUCCACUACUGCUUCAACAUCAACCACAACUUCAAUUCCUACUACAACUACCACCAUAACUGCGCCAACAACUGUUCCUACAGCUCCCACUGAAUCAACGAUUGUUCCAACAGCUCCCACCGCUUCGACGGCAGUCCCAACAGCUCCAACUGGUGGGACGUCCUCAGUCGCCACUACGUCAGUAACUCCCACGACCACAACUCCCGCGAUCGUUACCACGCCCACUACGGUACAAACCACGGCCCCUACAAUCGCUCCCACAACAGAACGCCCACCAGGAGCUCCGGAGUGUUUGGUGACAGACGUUUUCUUUGCUCCCCAUCCGAACUGCAACCUUUAUUUCCAGUGCCACUUCGGCCAUCUGUAUGUGCUCUCCUGCCCUCCGAAUCAGCACUGGAAUCAGCAACGGCAAUACUGCGAUCAUCCAUUCAACGUUCAGUGCACUACCGAAGUUUGAUCGAUGCAUGUGAAUUAUUAUUAUAGUAACAUAAACGAAAUGUAUAGAAAAUAAAUUUUGAGUUUCACA